CGCUUGACGGUUAUUUCGUUGUUUGAAAUUAUUCAAACGGUUUUUCAAAACUUUUGUUUGUACUUAACUUGUUAUUUUAUUCUCUGUUGUUAUUUUUUUUGUGUUUUUGCUUCGAUCUUGUCUAGAAAAAUCAGUGGCAAAAGCGUUUUAUACGGUUUUUGAAUAAGUUUGUGCAGCUGGUUUAAAAGAAUGGCGAUGAAGAUGUCAACUCCUCCACGUAGGGACCUUUUAAGACGGUCGGUGCUAAGCAUUUCAACACCCCUUCGAACAAGUAUGCCUACGAGUGGUACCCCUCAAAUGGCGCCCCAUGAUGAAGAACAAGAAAGAUCUGGGAGACGUAGUAUGGUGGUCAUGUUAAGGAGGCUUAGUAGCAUUCCAUCUCCAGCUGUUGAUACAGGGCAUUUGUUGAAAGAACAUGAAAUUCAAGAUCAUUUGCGUAUAUGCACGAAACUGUACACCGAAAAUAGAAUCUCUUCAAAAAAUGCUUGGGAGCUCCAUGUCAUAGAGGCAAUAAAAAAAAUAGCCACACGUAACCAGACGAACCUUAUGUUAGUUGCCGGAUCUUCACUUGAUGUUGGAUCCAAAAUUUACAGUUUACGCAUUGACGACGCCCACAAUAAAGGCAUACAGCUUGCUAGCACUGUUGGCAAAAAAGACGGAACACGUGCUCAAGCGGAAAAUGAAGAAGACAGCAACGUUACAGUAAAUCCAAGUGAAAGAAAACGGCAACCGAGAAAAAAGGUCCGAAAAAUGGCCGCUGACAAAAGAAAUGUUAUUGAUAAAGAAGGCAAAUCCUUGUUUGCACCAAUUAAACAAGUAGAAUCAGUUGUCUUUGCAACUAAAGAGAAUAUUGAUGUAGGCGCAAUUGAUAAUUUACUCACUUGUAGGCUUCCUGUGGACCCAGCUGGUCACAGGUUCAUGUUAUUGAGCAACGAAAAGUAUUGGACUACAAAGCCCGAUGAACUUUUAAAAUACACUGACCAAAUUUUAGAUAUUGACCUACCAGAAGUAUCUUUUUUUGAUAUAUGUGUACCUUUUAAACAUUUUGAAAUUGGGACAUGGAGUCUUGAAGAUGAGGAGAAGUUAGCGGAAGAAGGAGGUCACUUGGUGCCGCCGCCAGUCCUAGACGAGAAUGGCGUUCCUAUUCCAGAACUUGAUGGUUCAAUUCAUGAUAUUUUUGAAAAUAAUGAUAUUCCUAUGGAAGAUGCAGUCAGCGAUAAUGAAGAACAAGAAAUGUUUCAGAUACAAUUACAUGGUGGAAUCGAUCCCAUCGUUGAUGCAAUACCUGAAGAAAAUCGCAUUGAAACUGAUUAUGGUUAUAACACUCUUAUAAGAAACCAGUCAGGAAAAUAUAUUGAUAAAAUAUGGGCAGGACCCAGUCACUGGAAAGUUAAAUUUAAUAAGCGGUCAACAGCACGAUAUUCAGGCAGUACUGUUCAACAAGUGGUUAAACAUGUAAAGAAGAGGAACGAACCCCAACCCAUUGAUUUUUCUGAACCAUUUUUAGAUGUAACUAAAACAAUGAAAAAAUUUGUCGUCAAAAGGAUGCCUUGUACAACUCUUCCUGAAAAAAUUACAUUGCCUAUGCCUGAUUUGUGGAUCGACAAAUUUUUGAAAAAGACAAACUACUUUUGUUUGAAACCUAAUACGCCGUUACCAAAAUUAAACACGGUAGAGAAGAACCACGAUUAUGAAGAAGUUCAGGCCUACAACUACGAAAAUCCGAAUGAUUCGCUUUAUUGCUCUCAACAAAACAUCGAUGAUGCAAAUGACGAACCAGGACAUUCUUUUGGAGAAGAUAUGCCACCAGUGGAACAACAACAAUUUUUAGAUGGAAAUCUGGUUGAUGCACCCGAAAUUGUUACAGUCAAUCAAAUAACGUAUGCAAUGCAUGCGAAGAAAGUCGAUAUGAAAAAGCUGAAAACAGUUAUUUGGAAACACUUGACUGGGGGACAGGGAACUGUUCAGCCAACAAAAUUUUCCAAUGUAUAUGAACAGAUACCACGAUUAGCUCCAGAGUUGUGCAAAGAUUUGAGUCCACAUUUGGGUAUUCUAUCUUUGUUGCAUCUUUGUAAUGACCAUAAUUUGUAUUUGAAAGCAACUGACGACUGUCACGAUUUUGUUAUUAUGGACGGCCGAAAUUAAAGAUUUUAACCCGU